GUUUUCAGAUUUCUCUUCUUCACUUACCUAACGUUCCUUUCUAUGCACACACCAAACACUUUACUGAUCCAAUAACCAUGUUUGAUCCUUUCACCACCUGCUUCACUUUCCUCCUCCAUCACAAUCCCAUCGACAGACAGACAAGAUCAAGACAGCCUCGCAGAUCAUCAUCAUUUUUCUCUUCCAAUUCUUUCAGCAGGGACGACCACAACGGCAAAGAAGCCAUCGUAAGUGUGUCUAACCAGUUCAAGCAAGUUUUCAAGCUCAUUGACGCUAAUGGCGACGGCAAAAUAUCAGCCUCCGAGCUCAGCCACGUCCUCGCAUGCCUUGAAAACGCAGAGAAGAAGAAGAAGAAGAAGAAGAAGAAGAAGAAGGAAUUGGCUGAGAAAGAAGCUGAAGGGAUAGUGAAAGUUUUGGACUUUAACGGAGACGGGUUCGUGGACUUGGAUGAGUUCAUGAUGGUGGUGAUGAAGGAAGAGGAAGAAGAUGCAGAAGAAGAAGAAGGAGAGCUGAGGGAUGCGUUUCUGAUAUAUGACAGUGAUCGGAACGGUCUGAUAUCGGCGAAGGAACUGAGAAGAGUGAUGCUGAGUUUGGGGUGGAGGGAUUGCAGCGUUGGAGACUGCAAGAAGAUGAUCGGAGCCGUUGAUCUGAACGGAGAUGGGUUUGUGGAUUUUCAUGAGUUCCGAUCAAUGAUGAGGUCUAGUUCUGUUACUGUACUUUCCAAUCGGCAUCAUUGAAAGGUUUUUCCCCCUGUAGUUUUUUACGUUAUCUCUUCUUUUUCCCAAAGAUGUUUCUGUGAAUUUGAAGUAUAUAGUGGCAAUCUAUUUUAGGAAAA